CUAAGGCUAUAUUUUUUGGAAAUGCAGUAACAACAUUAAUAAACGGUUUAACGGUUCAAAUAAAAUACCUAGUGAGUAUUUUAUGCCUUUUUUAGUACAUCUUUAUUAUAUCAAUAUAGCGCUAGGCACAUUUGAAGUGCGAGGCUUUGCAACCCUAUAUUGUUUCCACUCUUUUUGGCGUCAUCUUUGAAGAAGAAUUUCGCGGUUUGUGUUUAUUAAAAAAAAUCCGUCUUCGCGACAUCUUAAAUAAGGGUAGAGGCAUACAGAAGAGAACAUACAAUUGAAGGUCACUAGCAGACAAAUAAGCGCUGCAUCAUGAAAACGCCAAACGUAAGCAAUCUCUGGGAGGAGCCCCAAGGUUCUUCGCUGGAAUUAUCUACUCACAGUAUAAAUUUCAACAGCGAGUCUGAAGGAGAAGUUAAAAAUGAAAGAAAUGACUGUUUUAAGAUCAAUAAACGCAAUCUUCGCAAGAUCAAAGAUCUAGAGGCCAGACUGGCAGCUGCCGAGAAAGAAAAGACAAGACUUUAUGAAGUUCUCAUUGGAGAAAAGGACAAUUUGAUAAAAUCCUUACACUUUUCAAUUGGGUUGAUCACCGAAACGAAGAACUCAACCAUUAAGCAAUUGCAAAGCCAAAUUGACGAUUUGCAUAAUGCCCUUGACUUAAAACACUCAUUAAAAGAAAACAGUACUGGAGAAACUCCAGCCAACUUUGUUGCAAACGAUAUUUCUGAGGAACGUCAAUUGUCGACCAUGAUGAAGCAAAGGGAACUGCUCAAUCAACAUAUCGUCCAAUUGGAACUAAAGGUUCAAGAAAAGGAUGCUUUAAUCGCUAAUUUUGAAUCGAAAGUAGAGGAAAUGGAAAUCUACUUGGAGAGGUUCAAAGAAAAGUCAAAAAGAGAAGAAGACGGUCUUAAGACCAAAAUUUCCGAACUAGAAAAGACAGUUUCCAUCGCCUCAACCAAACUCAGAGAAAAAGAAGAUAACCAAUUGAAACAAGCUUCCUUGAAUCUAAAUUUAACACGAGACAGCAGAAUAUUCCAUCUGCUGGCCCGGAUUGGAUGGUCAUUCAGAGAAGUUCCAAUGGUCAGCUGA